AUUUGUGCCAGGCCUUUCCUCUCUUAUAAAGCAAACUUUCAAUUAUGAACCUGCUGCGAGGUGUUUCCGUGCUUGCUAUGGUGUGCAUGGUGUCCGCUGCGAAGCUGCCAGGCUACAGUGCCGGAGGCGACUCUGGCUUGGGCGUCGAUCUGAGUAGCGCAGGAGGCCACGGUGGCGGCGCAGGAGGGGCUGGAAGCGGCAGCGUUUUCCCGGCCGUUUUCGUUGGCAGCGGAAACCUUCCUGCAAGUGCUAUUGUAGGCCCUGCUGGAGUCAUUGGCGGCGGCGCUGUUGGGCAAGAGUACACUGAGCCAAGCACAGAUCCCGUUGCUCCUGUUGUUACCGUAGAAGAGGAAUACACUGGCCCAGGUGCUGGUCCCGUUGCACCUGUUGUUACCGUUGAAGAGGAAUAUACUGGUCCAAGCAUUGACGCUGGUCCCGACUCUGCCGCCUCUCCUGCUGUGACCUUCGACGAAGAAUACAGCGAACCAAGCAUUGACGUUGCCCCCGUUGCCCCUGUUCCAACCGUGGAGGAGGAGUACACUGGGCCCAACGAAGUCGCUCACGUCAGCCCCCCUGCUGAAGAAUAUAUCUCACCAAACCACUAAAGCCUUAUGCUGUUGGAGC